GCACCAGUACUGGCAGCGGCGCAGCCCAGGCAGCCCGCCGGCAACCAAGACCCCAGCGCCCGACGAGCGCCCCGACGAGCGCCCCGGCGCCCACGUGCGGCCGCAGGACGACGCCGCCGCCGCCGCGCCCCGCGCCGCCGAUGCCGCGGGCUGGUUCUCGGCCGUCCACAG